AUGAAGCUCGACGCCAAGGCAAUUCGCUACCUCACAAGUGAGGAUUUCAAAGUUCUUGCGGGGGUUGAAACCGGAAGCCGGAACCAUGAAGUCGUCCCGACCCCACUGAUCGUGCAGCUUUCGGGCCUCCGAGGCGGCAGCGGCGUGCAUCGCGCCAUCUCGAAUUUGGCCAAGAUUAAUCUGAUCGCAAAGGUGAAGAACGCAAAGUAUGAUGGAUACCGCCUCACCUAUGGUGGUCUCGACUACCUCGCUCUCAACGGACACCAGAAGCAAAAAGUCGUUUACUCCGUUGGCAACCAGAUCGGCGUCGGCAAAGAAUCAGAUAUUAUCGUGGUCGCGCACAGCAGUGGAGCGCAACGCAUCCUUAAAAUCCACCGUCUCGGUCGUAUCUCCUUCCGGACCGUCAAGACAAACCGCGACUACCUCCGACAUCGCCACACCGGAUCUUGGAUGUACAUGUCGCGCCUGGCCGCGAUGAAAGAAUUCGCGUUCAUGAAGGCCCUCCACGAGAACGGAUUCCCUGUCCCCGAACCCAUUGCACAGAACCGUCACACCAUCGUCAUGAGUUUGAUUGAUGCUUUCCCGCUGCGUCAGAUCGCAAAAGUUGCCAAGCCCGCUAAGCUAUACUCUGAGUUGAUGGAUAUGGUUUUGGAGUUGGCGCGAUUUGGUCUGAUCCACGGUGACUAUAACGAGUUUAACUUGCUUAUCAAGGAAGAAGUCAUUCCAGAUGCGGAUGGCAAUGUUGCGGACAUUGAGGAUGCGCAUGAUGAUCAGAUCAAGUUGACUCCGAUUGUCAUUGAUUUCCCGCAGAUGGUCUCUAUUGAUCAUGCGAAUGCGGAGAUGUACUUUGAUCGUGAUGUGAACUGUAUCAAGCGGUUCUUCCAGCGGAAGUAUCACUUUGUUAGUGAUGCGCCUGGUCCGUCCUUCAAGGAUGCGAGGAAGAAUUUCAUGAAAAACCCUGGUAAGCGACUUGAUGUUGAGGUCGAGGCCUCCGGGUUCUCAAGAAAGAUGGCGCGUGAGCUUGAGAAGUAUAUGGAUGAAGUUGGUGCCAAUACUGGGGAGGGUGAAGGAGACGAAGAAAAUGAGGAUGACUCCGAGGAAGAGGAUUCCGAGGAGGAGGAGGAGGUCAAUGAAGAUGAACCAGAGCAGUCUAGUGCGGCGGACGAGAGUGCCCAGCGAUUAGAAGCACUGGAGAUCUCGGGAUCAUCCGAAAAGUAG